AAAGAGAACGUUUUUUAUCGUCUAACUAUGAUCUAAAUACCUAACUAUCUUAUCCUUUAAGUCGUUUGGUUUUCUCAUAAAUUACGGCCACGCCCUCCUACUAGUUCCACUUACCUUUUCCCCCCAAGAUCAACUUCAAGUCCAAACUCAGCUCAAUUCUCAAUCAAUUAAACCGAAUCAUCUACCAAAAAAAUCCGUCAUGGCCUCAUUCCCGUACAAGAAGGUGCUCCUUAUCGGUGCCACUAGUGGCAUCGGCUUGGAGCUCGCCGAACAGCUCGUGCUGAAGGGAGUCUAUGUCAUCUCAGUCGGCCGUCGCCAGAACCGCUUGGAUUCUUUCAUAUCUGCUCACGGAAGCUCUAAGGCAGCUGGUUUUGCAUUUGACAUUGCCGAAAUCGACAAGAUCCCCUCGUUCGCCGAGACUGUCAUCAAGCAGCAUCCGGAUAUCGACUGUAUCGUUCUUAAUGCCGGUGUGCAAUACGUGAUGGAUUUCAGCAAACCGCACACCGUAGACAUCGCCAAGAUUCAGAACGAAAUCAGCAUCAACUAUGUUGCGAUAGUUGCUCUUACCCAUGCCUUCGUGCCUUUCUUCCAGGCAAACAGCAUGGACAAGGAAGUGGCCUUCAUAUACACCACUACGAGCCUGAUGUCCGUGCCCUACCCCAUGGUCCCUAAUUACUCGUCGUCUAAGGCUGCGCUACAUGCAUUCAUUCUCUGCAUCCGUGAGCAAUUCAAACAGAAGCCCGAGUCCAAGAUCAACGUCGUUGAGCUUGUUGUCCCAUUGGUUCAAACUGAGCUACAUGACGGCCAGCCUGGGUGGAGCCAGGACUUCAACCCCGGUAUGCCAGUGAAGCAGUUUGUGAGCGAGUCCAUAGCAGGUUUUGAGACCAAGGAGGAGACGGUCGCAAUUGGUCAAGCUAAGCAGGUUUUUGACGAGUUUGAACUCGAGAAGGGUCGUCGUGUCGGCCCAGUUUGGGAGAUUAUCAAGAAGAACAUGGGCAAGGCACACACCUUUGGCUAAGUGCCUGUAUCGACGAUGCCUUGACGGGAAUAAAAAGUGCUAUGUCCAAUGCAAUUAUUAGGGAUAAAUACAAGACUACCAAAUAGUCCCACAGGGCUAGCUAUACUACCUUAUUUAUACACUCAUUAGGUAGAUAGCUAGCUAAUAGAACUUACUCUCCUAAUCAUACAAUAUACUAUUACAAUACUCCCAAAAUACAUAGCC